UUCCAAGGUAAUAUCCAGCUGUUCCUCAUUCUGCUAGGCAACAUUUUCCCAGUCUUCAACCCCAGACAUCCCAAGUUAAUUCAUUCCCCUUUCCACACAAAAAUUCCAAAAGGGGCUUUCCAGUUGUUAUUAUCACUAAAUGUCAAGAAUAGUCUUCCUUCAGUCUGGCAUGUCAGUUCACAUUCCAGGUGUUUCUUACUGAUAAAGCAAAAGGAGAGUUUUAGAUUAUUUAAAAGCCUGUUUCAUCUUAUCCUAUAACCACUUGUGUAGCACAGGAUGAGCUGGUGUCUUAAAUAGUCAUUGUGAAUAUAUCUGGCCAGUAUUUUUGUAUAAUGGCGUAAUGUUUGCAGUUGCAGAGGCCCUUCGCUUAUAAUUAAUGGCUCAACAAUUAAUGGCUUUUAUGAUUGGACUACUAUGCACCAAAGGUUUAUCAGUGCUGGUUCCUUUUAUGGUCGUGCCUGAGCUGUGAUUGUAAUCUUGCAAAGUAUGAAACAGUGCAUUAUUAGCUGGAUAAGAAUUAUUUGCAAUCAUGCAGUUAACAGUGCACAUGCUGCCCUCUUUCAGCUGCCUUGGAGCCAUGGAGAAUGGCACUGCUACUCAGAUGCCUAAGCAGAGCAUUGAUAUGCCAAGCAUGCCACCACCAGAGUCAUCUUCUCAUUAUGUGCCUGUCAAGCUUGAAGAGCAUGAACCUCCGGGUCUCAGUGUCAAGAAGCUCAUCAAGAAAGCCAGGGAGAAUUCCAGGUGCAACCGACGAAGUGUCCUUGGUGUCUUCAUUAAGCUGUUCCCUGUUGUAGAGUGGCUUCCCCGCUACAGUAUCAAGGAACAACUGCUUGGGGACAUCAUCUCCGGCCUCCUAGUUGGAAUAGUUGGCAUCCCUCAGUCCAUCUCCUACUCCCUCCUUGCAAGUCAGGAUCCCAUUUAUGGACUCUACACAAACUUCUUCUCUGUCAUCAUCUACUUUGCCAUGGCUACCUCACGCCACAAUUGCAUUGGGACUUUCGGAGUCCUUUGCCUGAUGAUCGGGGAAUCAGUAAACCGGCAACUGACGUUAGCAGGAUACCAGUUAGAGACUGACAUCCCGGUGAAUGCCACGUUGAAUGGGACAGUUGUCUGUGACAAAAGUUGCUAUGCUAUCACUGUGGCAACUGCUUUAACUUUUUUGGUUGGGCUUUACCAGAUCCUUCUAGGGGUCUUCCAACUGGGCUUCAUAUCCGUAUAUCUUUCGGAACCUCUCCUGAGUGGCUUUGUGACUGGGUCCUCCCUUACCAUCCUCACUUCCCAAAUGAGUCUUCUGCUGGGACUGAAAAUCCCUCGCCAUGAUGGAGUGGGCUCUCUUAUCUUCACGUGGGUUGACAUAUUCAGAUACAUUGGCAACACCAACAUCUGUGACCUAGUCACCAGCCUGAUUGCUCUGGUCCUCAUUGUGCCAGUGAAGGAGAUCAACAACUACUUUAGAGACAAAAUGAAGGCUCCUUUCCCCAUGGAGCUUCUGGUGGUCAUUGCGGCGACCCUGCUUUCAUAUUUCUUCAACUUCAACAAGACAUACAAAUCUAAAAUAUGUGGCUCCAUUCCCACUGGUUUCAAGCAACCUGCUGUACCGGAUCUGAGCCUUCUUUCAAACCUGGCAGUUGAUGCUCUGCCCAUUGCCAUCAUCGGCUUUGCCAUGACCAUCUCGCUGGCAGAAAUAUUUGGCAAGAAGCAUGGCUACCCAGUUCGGGCCAACCAAGAAAUGAUUGCCAUUGGCAUGGCGAACCUCGUACCAUCUUUCUUCUGCUGCUUUGUCUCUAGCGCAGCCUUGACAAAGACCCUGCUGAAGGAAUCCACCGGGUGCUGUACCCAGAUCUCAAGCCUGGUAUCUGCGUUUGUGCUGCUCCUGGUGUUGUUGUGGAUUGCCCCUCUCUUCUACUCACUGCAAACCUGCAUCCUGGGAGUGAUCACCAUCGUUAACCUCAGGGGGGCCUUGCGGAAAUUUGCCGACACCCCAAAGAUGUGGCGGAUCAGCAAGAUAGACACCGUGAUCUGGUGGGUCACCAUGCUGUCCUCAUUACUCAUCACUACAGAGCUAGGCCUCCUCAUAGGCGUCUGCUUCUCUCUCCUCUGCAUCAUCUUCCGCACCCAGAGGCCCCGAGCCACGCUCCUUGGCAAGGUGAAUGACUCUGAAAUCUACGAGGACCAGUUCACUUACAAAGAGAUCAGCAGCAUUGCAAAUAUCAAGAUCUUCCGUUUUGACACCUCCCUUUACUACGCAAACAAGGACUAUUUCAAAAGUUCACUUUUCCAGAAAACAGGAGUGAAUCCUUCGCUGGUUGCUGCCCUGAGGCGAAAGGCUGAAGCGAAAGCAAACCUGGGCAAGAACGAGAGCUGCUUUUCUUCUAAGUUUAACUGCCUGAAGGGCACCAAGAGAGACGCUGCCAAGGUUUCGGUUUCAGAUGCUCCUGGCCCAGCCAUAGACAUGCACACUUUAAUCCUUGACUGUGGCGCCAUGCAGUUUGUAGACAGCGUGGGCCUCAGUGUGCUGAAGGAGACUCGCCAGGACUACCAGAAGAUUGGCAUCCAGGUCCUGCUGGCCAACUGCAACCCAUCCGUGCGGCGUCUACUCCAGGCAGGUGGUUGGCUUACUGGGAUGGAGGAUACGGAGCUGCUGUCCUUCCACAGUAUACAUGCCGCUGUGCAGUUUGCAGAGAAACAGCACCAAACUCAGCAGAUGGGCAGCAAAGUGACAGGGGAUGCUUUCCUUAGUCCUGAAGAAGACAAUGAUACCUCAAUCACACCCAGUCUGGAGGGGCAGCUGUAGGCCUGGAUAGAGCAGAAUGUGCAAAGACUGGGAAAUGGUUUCAUACUUAUUUUUAUUGGUGCACAUGACCAAUAGCUGUGAAUGACCUAAAAAGGACAUUGACAUUCAGUUUCUCGCAGCAGGCCAAGAAGCUUUCAAGAGGACUGUUAAAACUCAGGAUGGUAUCAACAUUAUAAUGCUGUAGUUUUCUCAAAGGUUUCAGUCCCUCUUUAUUUACUUUUACUCAUUUCAACAAUUUAUGUAGGGCUUAACUCCACAUGGCCAUGGCAUAAGGGUUUCCACUAGCAUAAUCAGGGACAACAAUCAUAUUUUACUCCCUUUGGGUACUAUGUGGAUCUGGUGGAUCUAAAGAGUGAAAGAAGGAAACAUGUUUGAAAUGAUUUUCUGUUUCAGAUGUAGAGUUUUGUUUUAGGUUAUUUCCCUUUUCAUCCCUCCCAUAUAUUUUUUUUAAAUUCUUUUUAUUAAUUUUCAUGUGAAUAACCAUCCCUCCCAUUUUUGUUAGGUCUCAGUGUCUGGGCUUGUCUCACACAGGCUUUGCAAAUAAACAGUUUGGCUUUGCAAAUAAACAGAGUUCAAGAUGGAAGGUCUACUACCCAACAGUGGAUGCAUUGCAGAAAACAGGGUCAGUUUAUAUGCCUUUCUUUAGUGGAAUCAGCUACCCUACAGAUUCUCAAGUCUGCCAUGCAGAUCAUGCAGGCUAUCCUGGGAACUGGUAGCAGUUGUGCAUGGAUGCCCAGUGGCUUGUUGCCUAACGAAAGCAUCAGUGCAGGAAAAGAGCAUCAGAGCUUGGUCAGGGGUAGAUACUAAAAGAAAAAGGAGCAAGGUAUGGAGACAUGCUAGAGAGCACUAAUGCAGUGACACUGGUGUGUGUGGGAGGGCAAAGGGUGAUGAUUUUCCAGGGAGAGUGUUCAGUCUUAAAUUAAGAGUACAUGGUGAAUCUUGGCAUUACAAAGCCACACCAGAAGGCUGUAGCAAUCUGAAUACUGGAGGAAUUCCUUUACUUUCUAUAAAAGACAUUCCAAUUUAUCUUUUGA